UCUCUUCCCCGCUCUUCAUUCGCUACACGACACAACACCGCGCUCACCGUCCUAAAACCCUAGCUCAACCCCCCUCUCCCCCCUCACCCCCCCGCGCGAUGGCCACCGCCGACGGCGAGCCCCAGCCCGUGGCCACCGACCCCGCCCAGGCCCCGGCUCCGGCACCCUCCCCCUCCCCGGCGAAGCGCAAGCCCGAGGCGGAUGCGGGAGCCGACGCCGACCUCGCGCCCCUCAAGGCCGCGCGUCCCGACGUCGACGAGGAGGCUGCCGCCGUGGCUGAGGCGGCCAGGGCCAGGGUUAGCGCGGCUGACAAGGGUAAGGGCAAGAUGGUAGUCGAGGAGGAGGAGGAGGAGGAGGACGACAGCGAGGAGAGCAGCGACGACGAGGAGGGCGGCGGCGGCGGCGGCGGCGGCAGCGACGACGACGACGAGCUCGUCGAAGACCCGAUGGCCGAGGUAGAUCUCAGCAACAUCCUCCCGUCACGAACCCGCCGCCGCGCGCCCCCGCAGCCCGGGGCGUACCUCGUCACUCCGGAGGAGGCUGCUGCUGAGGACGACGAUGACGAUGCUGACGUGGUUCCUGAGGAGGAUGAGGGAGCGGAGGGGGAGGAGAGCGAUUAGGUCUGCCUCGGCACGGACUCACUAGGUUGUUCAACACUGUUAUCUUGGCCUAGACUAGACCACAUGGAUGCCACGUGUGGCUUACAACAAAAAUGACAGCCAGUCCGAAGCUCAAAGCACAUGUAAUUGAUGUAAAACAAAUGCUAGAUGAACUAAAUUAGCAGUUUAUCAAUUGCUUUCCUGAAAUUUAUUUUCAUCAAUUACUUGCAAUUCCUGCAAACGAAAUAAUAUAGAAUCCCCUUUUAGUUACUACUUGGUGAUCCUUUUAAACAUUUUUAAGUAUUUUCCUCUUGUGAAACAUAGAAAAGUAUUCACAAAUUUAACAUGUAAUCCUAGCAUCAUCAAUGACCUUAUACUGAACUAUAGACUUUGAUCGAUCUGAAAAGCAA